AGGUCGGAGGGUCUGGGCUGACCCCUCUGUCCCCCCCUCAGCCGUGCAGGUCACCCCCCCUCGGGACGCAGCAGCCAAGCGGGUGCUGUCCCUGCCGCCGUCCCCCCCGAUCCAGGGGCAGUGUGUGCUCAGCUACAGCCCCUCCCGCUCCCCCAGCGCCAGCCCCAAGUUCUCCUCGGGGUGUGUGAGUGGAUUCAGCCCCCAGCUCCAGGCCCUGUCCAGCCCUUCCCACGCCGGCUCCGGCUCCUACUCCCCCGGCAGCACCUACGGCAAGGUUUCCAGCUUCGGCCACUCUCCCAAUGGAUCCCCCUAUUCCCCGGGAGCGCUGGACGGCGGCGGGAUAAGGUCCCACUACCGGUUCUCCCCCAUCCUCUACAACAACAACACCCACAAGGAUGACUACAUAACUGAUGUCAAAUCCCUGGACACCUUCCUGAGGAACGAGGAGGAGAAACAGCACAGAGUGCAGCUGGGGAGUUCCGACUCCAGCUCCCCUUCCAGCAGCCCAACCUUCUGGAAUUACAGCCGCUCCAUGGCAGACCACGCCCAGAUCCUGAGGAAAUUCCAGUACCAGCUGGCCUGCAGGUCCCAGGCUCCAUCAGCACACAAGGAUGAGGCAGAUCUGAGCUCCAAACAGGCAGCAGAGGAGGUCUGGGCGCGGGUGACGAUGAACAGGCAGCUCCUGGAUCACAUGGAUUCCUGGACAGCCAAGUUCAGGAAUUGGAUCAACGACACCAUCCUGGUGCCCCUGGUGGAGGAGAUGGAGUCGGUGAGCACCCAGCUGAGGAGGAUGGGCUGCCCCGAGCUGCAGAUCGGAGGUGGGAAUUCCCGGGGUCGGAAUUCCCGGAAUGUUGAACGGG